AUGUUCGAAGUGCAGGUCACGACCAUCGCCGAGAGCCAAUACAACAAACUGGCACACGCUAUCCUGUACAAGGGUUCCUCUGGACCGCAAACUCGUCAAGACGAGAUAGUGGUCGACUUGUCGCACGGUACAAGCUUGACUCCGCCCAGUAUCUGCACCACCAUCGACGAUUUCAAGGAAUGGCUGGGCACCAAGGUUGAACCUAGAGCAGCGCUCUACGGCCUAGGCGGCAUUGGAGAAACACAGAUUGCACUUGCUUACGUGUAUUGGUUGCGGGAGAUGCACCCUGGGGUUUCGAUUUCUGGGCACGCCAGCAAUAUCGAACGGUUCCGUCAAGCGUUUGCUUCAAUCGCGCGAGAGUGCCAGGUAUCCGGCCAUCAUGACGCCCGGACAGAGGUGUUGACGCUGAUCAAGGCGUGGCUAGAGAGAAAGAACUGUAGCCGGUGGCUCAUGGUGCUGGACGAUGCCGACGACACAGAGCUUCUUCUUCGGCCAGGAAGGGGGAAUGCUUGGGCGAUAUCUCCCCGAGUGCUCGCGCGGUUCUUUCCAGCGAAAAAUGUGGCCCUGUCAUCUCGGCUAGAGCACCUUCCGCUCGCCCACGUCCAAACAGCAGCAGCAUUCAUCCAGAAGAACAGCAUCACGAUCAUCAAGUACCUUCAGCUGCUGGAGGAGAGCGACAAAUUCGUCGUCCGCAUGCUCAGCUCGGCAUUUGAGACGGCUGGGGGAGACUCGGGAGUGCCUCGUGCAGUGGUAGAGUCGUGGGUUCUCUCAUUCGAGCAGAUCCAACGGCAGAAUAUGUUCGCCUGCGAACUCCUCUCGCUCAUGAGUCUUUUCGACCGGCAGGCUAUUACAUUGGAGUUUCUAUUCCGCUAUUGCGGAAUGCGACGCCAGGGAGAACUUGCGCUUACCAAGGUUUUGGGUAUCUUCAAUGCGUUUUCGUUCAUUACCGAGGCCAAUACUCAGGGAUUGGACAUGCACCGACUAGUCCAGUCGGUGACCCAGAACUCAUACCGGACCCAAGGGAGGCUGGAGGAGGUCGAGGAGCUUUCAUAUGAAAGUCCUCGACGUAGGAAACGGGUACUGGGAGAUGAGCAUCCCGGACACGAGCUAGGAUUUUCGGAGGAGGAGCAUUUUAAGACGCUGAGGGCCAUGGGCAACUUGGCGUCGACGUACAGGAAGCAAGGCCGAUUGGAGGAGGCCGAGGAGCUCUAUGUGCAAGUGGUGGAGACACAAAAGAGAAUACUAGGAGAGGAGGAUCCCAAUUUGCUUGAGUCCAUGAGCGGUCUGGCGAGGACGUACCAGAACCAGGGGCAAAUGGAAGAGGCUGGGGCGCUUGAAAGACAGUAA